AGUUAGAGUGACCAAGUUUUAUCAUACGUGAAAAAAUAUGACAAUCUACUCCUUUGUUUAUCAAUUUGCAAGGUGGAAAUUGUCGGAACAAGUGUAUCUAUAAAACAUGAGUUUCAAAGCCAUUUACGUCACAGUGGGCACUACCAGAUUCGACGAACUUGUUGAAGAAGUUGUAUCCGCUCAAGUUUUGAGAACUCUACAGCAGCGAGGAUGUCGAAACUUAAUCAUACAGUACGGUCAUGGUAGGCCAGUGCAAAAUACCGACAACAUUCGUAAAGCAUAUGGAAUUUAUAUUGAACAAUACGACUUCAAGCUCGAAACUCCAAGAACUGAUAUUCUGAAUGCCGACUUGAUAAUAGGCCACGCGGGAGCUGGAACUUGCAUGGAUAUACUUAAUCACGCACGACCUGGUAUUAUAGUGAUUAACGAUAGACUAAUGGACAAUCAUCAAAAAGAACUAGCAGAACAGCUAAGCGAAGAAGGAUACUUAUUUUAUUGCAGAGUACAGGGACUUGCUAAAACCAUAGAACAAGCCGAUGAAACUAAGUUAAAACCAUAUGAAAAUAGCAAUAAUAUGCACACCUUUGUCAGGUACUUAAAUGAGAUGAUGACAGCGUAGUUUGUUAGUACUUGUCAUGAAGUAUAAGUAUAAAAUUAGAUUAGAAUUGGUGUUUAUAUGAUUUUUAUUAUUGAUAAAUGUGAAACACGAAAAAUAUGUUUAGUUUCCAAAGACUACAAUAAAAUUACAAAAUGAUAAAAAGCA